CAGUCCGUCUAUCUAUCCAGCUGCCCCUGCCUCUGCAGAAGCGCGCAAGCAUACACAUAGACAACACGCCAAAUCAAACGCACGCGCGUGCACGCGUGCUCUAACACACACAUACACGUGCACGACGAGAGAGAGAGAGAUAGAGAGAGAAAGAGAGCGAGAGAGACGUUGGGAGAAGGUCCCAUGCACGGUUUGGAGGCUGCCGGAGCCUCUACUGUAGUCAAUGUGCGUGUGCGUCUAUGUGUGCGUCCGGCGGCUGCUCACCUGCCUCUUCCUCUCCUCGCCCGGGACAGGAAUAACGGGAUACCGGGAGCUGUAAUCAUUCCAGAGGCAGGUUGAGCCCCCCACAAUGCGCGGGGCCAGCAGAGAUUGCAGUGGAGAAUCAGCGGUAGGCGCACACACAAUGAAGAUUGGAUUACAACAACAGUGAUUUUUAAUCGCAGCUGCGCGCCUGUGAAGUGAUAAAACGGGGGAUUUCAUUGAGCUUUUUUUUUGGACACGGUGGAAAUAAUUCAUUGCAAGAGAUUCUUCUUCUUCUCCUGUUGUGCAGUGUUUGUGAGUGCGAUCCCCAUCAGAGGCUCAGAGGAGAGAGGGGGACUGUUGCAAUGUCAUCUCACACCACUGUUUUGGAGCUCUGUGGAAGGGAGAUGCUGGGAUGAAGUGGUUUGGCAGUAUGUCCCUCAGCAGCAAAAGGAGUAAGAGGAGGAGUAGAAGGAGCAGCAGUAGCAGUGGUAGUAAUAGUGUGCUACUGUCCUUGGCUCUCCUGGUGGCGGUGACCCUGAUCGCGGACCCCGUGGCGGCUCAAAAGCAGCGAGGUGGCGGCGGGGCCUCAGAAAAAGUGCCGGUCCUGAACAUUGCGGUGAUCUUGGGACGCACACGCUACAUCUCAGACCGGGACAUCCGGGCACUGUGGAGCAAGGAGGACCCCAUCGACGUCAACGUGGUCACACUGCUGGUCAACGAGACCGACCCGAAAAGCAUCAUCACCCACAUGUGCGACCUGAUGUCCGGGACAAAGAUCCACGGCGUGGUGUUUGGGGAUGGCACUGACCAGGAGGCCAUCGCCCAGAUUUUGGAUUUUAUUUCAUCGCAGACGCUCAUACCAAUCCUGGGCAUCCAUGGAGGGUCGUCCAUGAUCAUGGCGGAUAAGGAUGUGAAGUCGACUUUCUUCCAGUUUGGCGCCUCCAUCCAGCAGGAGGCUCUGUUGAUGCUGAACAUCAUGGAGGAGUACGACUGGCACAUCUUCUCCAUCGUCACGUCAAAGUUCCCCGGCUACCAGGAGUUCAUCAACAUCCUAAAGACUACUGUGGACAACAGUUUUGUGGGCUGGGACCUGCAGAAUAUCAUCAUUCUGGACGCAGUGGAGGAAGACAGCCGGUCUCAGAUCAUGCUCAAGAAGGUCCAGUCCCCAGUGGUCCUGCUCUACUGCUCCAAGGAUGAGGCGGUGUACAUCCUGGAGGAGGCUCGCUCUCUGGGCCUCACCGGAUUUGGAUACAUCUGGAUUGUGCCGUCGCUCACCACCGGGAACCCGGAUAUAACGCCAGACGAGUUUCCGCCGGGGAUGAUUUCGGUGUCGUACGACGACUGGGACUACCCGUUGGAGGCGCGAGUUCGGGACGGUCUGGGGAUCAUAACGUCGGCAGCGGCAGCCAUGUUGGAGGAGUAUGGCGACAUCCCUGAAGCCAAGACGUCCUGUUACGGGCAGAUGGAGAAGACAACCAAACUGCCACCCAGUGCGCUACAUAAGUACAUGAUGAAUGUGACGUGGGAUGGCAGAGACUUGUCAUUCACAGAGGACGGCUACCAGGAAUACCCAAAGCUGGUGGUCAUUGUUCUCAACAAGGACAGAGAGUGGGAGAAGAUGGGGAAACUGGACAACCGCAGCCUGACACUGAAGUACCCAGUGUGGCCGCGCUUCAACUCUUUCGGUGAUGCCGAGCUUGACGAUAACCACCUGUCCAUCGUCACGUUGGAGGAGAAACCUUUCGUUAUUGUGGAGGACGUAGAGAGGCUCACCGGUACCUGCAUGAGGAACUCCGUGCCCUGCAGGAAGCAUAUCAAAGACAACACAACAGAGGCUGGUGGGACAUACAUCAAGAAGUGCUGCAAAGGCUUCUGCAUCGAUAUUCUGAAAAAGAUCGCCAAGUAUGUAAAGUUCACCUAUGACCUGUACCUGGUAACCAAUGGCAAGCAUGGCAAGAAGAUCAACAACGUCUGGAAUGGGAUGGUGGGAGAGGUGGUCUAUAAGAAAGCCGUCAUGGCCGUCGGAUCUCUGACGAUCAAUGAGGAGCGUUCUGAGGUCAUCGAUUUCUCCGUCCCGUUCGUGGAAACCGGGAUCAGCGUCAUGGUCUCCCGUAGCAACGGAACAGUCUCCCCGUCAGCCUUUCUCGAGCCAUUCAGUGCAUCAGUGUGGGUGAUGAUGUUUGUGAUGCUCCUACUGGUGACUGCAAUGGCUGUCUUCAUGUUUGAGUACAUCAGUCCUCUUGGUUUUAACAGAAACCUGGCACAGGGAAGAGACCCUCAUGGCCCUUCUUUCACCAUGGGCAAAGCCGUGUGGCUGCUAUGGGGUCUGGUCUUUAACAACUCUGUGCCAGUGCAGAACCCAAAAGGAACUACCAGUAAGUUCAUAGUGUCUGUGUGGGCCUUCUUCGCUGUCAUCUUCCUGGCCUCCUACACUGCCAACCUGGCCGCCUUCAUGAUCCAGGAGGAGUUUGUCGACCAAGUCACCGGGCUUUCCGACAACAAGUUUCAGAACCCGUACGCAUACUCGCCUCCGUUCCGCUUCGGGACAGUUCCAAACGGAUCCACAGAGAGGAACAUCAGGAAGAACUACCCUGCUAUGCACCAGUACAUGGUAAAAUAUCAUCAAACUGGAGUCGUGGACGCACUUGUCAGCCUCAAAACAGGGAAACUGGAUGCCUUCAUCUAUGAUGCUGCAGUGUUGAACUAUAUGGCCGGCAGAGAUGAGGGAUGUAAGCUGGUGACCAUUGGCAGCGGGUACAUCUUUGCUACCACUGGUUACGGCAUUGCUCUGCAGAAAGGCUCCUACUGGAAACGACAGGUGGAUCUGGCAAUCCUCGCCAUCAUCGGAGAUGGUGAAAUGGAGGAACUAGAAGCCCAGUGGCUGACAGGAAUCUGCCACAACGAGAAGAACGAGGUGAUGUCCAGCCAGCUGGAUGUGGACAACAUGGCCGGGGUCUUCUACAUGCUGGCCACAGCCAUGGGACUCUCCCUCAUCACCUUUGUCUCCGAGCAUCUCUUCUACUGGAGGCUCAGAUACUGCUUCACUGGGGUCUGCACCGGCAAGCCUGGUCUUCUUUUCUCCAUCAGUCGGGGAAUCUGGAGUUGCAUUCAUGGAGUCCACAUUGACAUGAAGAAAAAGUCAGAUCUUGACUUUAGCCCCCAGGACAAAAUGCUAAAACUCAUUAAAUCGGCCAAACAGAUGACCAACAUGUCUAACCUGGGUGGCUCCCACAUGAAUUCACCCAAACGUGAGUUCAUGCACUCGGCUGGUCCCAUGAUCAUGGACAUGAUGGCAGAGAAGGGCAACUUUAUUUAUGCUGACAACCGAAGCUAUGCUCCCAAAGACAUGAUCUAUGGAGACACUGGUGACCUGCAGUCUUAUCUUGCUAACCGCCACAAAGACCACCUUAACAACUACAUCUUCCAGGGAGGCCAGCAUCCUCUGACCCUGAAUGACGCCAAUCCAAACACAGUAGAAGUGGCUGUGAGUGCUGACUCCGUCCAGACCAACGCCAAGCCGCCCCGGACGCUGUGGAAGAAGUCAGUGGACACGCUUCGUUCUGUGCCUCCUGGGCCCCCUCCAAUGCCCGACAUGCUGAUGCCGGACCCACGAAUGUCGAUGAAGACACAGCGCUACCUCCCUGAGGACGCAGCCCACUCUGACAUCUCCGACUGUUCCAGCAGGGCAGCCUCCUACAAGGACCCAGAAAACAACAAGCACCUGAAGCCCAAGGACAACUUAAAAAAAAGAUCGGUGACGUCAAAAUACCCAAGGGACUGCAGUGAGGUGGAGCUGUCCUACUUAAAGACUAAGCAGGUCACCGGCGUACCCAACCAAACCGGGAGAGGAGGAGGAGGAGAGAAAAUUUACACCAUCGACUCUGACCGAGAGCUGAGCCUGCACUCAGACCCCAUUCACUACCGCGAGAGUCGCGGCCUUGCUGCCGAUGAUUUGGAUUAUCCCGAGAUCUACUCCGACCACAGUGACAACUAUAGGAAGUGUGAGCAGCCCAUCAUUCAUCUGAACUCCUCGCCUUUGCAUCACCCUGACUCAGAUCUUCUACCUGACCCAGCUUACUCUAAACACUACAGCCUGAAAGAGAAAAACAUUGCCCUGUCCCCACAUGAAACCAUUGAUCGCUACAAACAGACACACUGCCGUUCCUGCUUGUCCAAAGUGACUGCUAGCUACCCGCCAGGAAGUGCGUACAAUCCUACUGUACCUGCUGCAGCUUCUGCCACUCGCUCACCCUAUAAUCGGUGUGAAGCAUGCCUCCACACAGCCAAUCUGUAUGACAUUAGCGAGGACCAGCUCCUUGCAGACCCCUUGGUCAGUCCCACCUUGCACCACCAACAGCAGCAGCAACCAGACGAAAUGUUUGGUCUGUAUUGGCCGCAGACGGAUGGGCCGCAUGUUCAAAAGAGAAACCGAUUGAGGCUGAGUCGUCAGCACUCCUUUGACAACAUCAUGCUAGAAAAGCCCAAGGAUGUUGACCUUGGCCGACCUGCGCGCAGCGUCAGCCUCAAGGAGAAGGAUCGCUUCUUGGACUCUGCAUCUGACUCGCACUACGCGAACCUCUUUGGCAUGCGUCCCUACUCCGGCAGACUGUUUGGCACCGGGUCCAAAUCAAUGCUGUUUAACCACAACCUGGAGGAGAGCAAGAGGAGCAAGUCCCUGUACCCGGCCCAUGGCUCGGAUAACCCUUUCCUCAGCCACUCGCUGAGGGACGACUCCAGCAGCAGACUGGUCCACGGGCGUAGCUCCUCUGAUAUUUACAAACAGCUGGCGGUGGCCUCGCCUGCAGCGGUCGUCGGAGCGGCCCCCGUCAAAACACGCAACGAUGCGAACAAUCUCCGCUCUUCCGUUAAAUCCACCACUUCAUACUGCUCACGGGACGGGCGGAUAGCUAAUGACAUGUACAAUAAAGAGCAUGUGAUGCCUUACUCAGCCAAUAAGACUAGUGCAUACCCGGCCCCACGUGGCGUCCUAAACUCAGCCCAGUUCAGCAAUAGACGGGUGUAUAAAAAAAUCCCCAGUCUGGAGUCAGAUGUUUAGUUGACAUUUAAAAUAAUGUGUUCUCUCCUCCUUACUGCUCUCUGGGUUUGUAUUAUAAUUUAUCAACUAUGUUAUCCACAAAGGGAUGCCAUAGCCACACUACGAUUUUCUUCUUCUCUUCGACAUUGUAAUCCAAAAGAACUCGUGCCCACUUGGGUAUGACGGUACUACUACUACUCUCUUUGCAGAUGAUAUCAUCAUUUUUGUCCAUUCUCUGCCAUGUACCAAUGAGUUGGCUGCAUGGCCAGCACGCUGCCAUAAGGUGUCCUGGUGUAAAGGGGAGGGGAAUCAUUAACCCCGUAUGUUUAAAUAAGGUUUAGGAAAUGGCAUAGUCCCAUUAGUGGGACAGAGAAGGCCUAUGUUUCAGUAAAGGAGGACUCCUACAGGCGUUGUUGGGAAGGAGGCAGUUGAUUUGUGAUUGAAAUGUGUGAGGAAGUGGUGAGGAGGAUGGGAGAAAUUAUAGGAGAGGGAGUUAGAGAGAGAGAGGAGAUAACCUCUCUUUCAACCCCUCCUCCUCCCCUUUUUCCUUUCCACCUCCACUGUCAAGCUUGCAGCUCUCUAGUUGAGGAGAAGAGGCCUGACAGAGAGACCAGAUGGGCACGUUUGAUGUCGCGGCCAGACAUGGAGGCGUCCCAGGAGGGCAGAGGCGUCACAGUGAGCUAGUCCAACGGUCUGCUGCUUGUUACUCUGACAAAUAUGGCCACCGAGACACCUGGCAGUGCAAGCGGAGAGAGAGGGAGAAGGGAGAUGAGCGGCUAAAUGGCACAGAGAGGAGCCUCCAGUAGUUUUUGGCAGUAAGUUAGCCGUGUGCUUGGUUUUCUAUGUAAAGCCCAUGCUAAGGGACAAGAUAGUGAUGAGAAGCUGAGAGUAAUGUAGGUGCUAUCAAUGAAUAAUGUUUACAGACUGACAGAUAAAAAAGAUAAACUGACAAAAUGACUGAUAGAAAAGGACACACAAGCAGGGAAACCUGAGGCAAUUGAUGGGCAUUUCAUUUACGGCUCUGCACAUAGAAAAAUAAUUGCAAAGUAUUGCUUUUUUAUUCUAUUAAACUAUAAGAUUUAUUAGGGAUUCUGGCAUCCGGAUCCCCCUAUGUAGGAUUUUAGUGUUUGCUUAUUUGGUAGCACAAUAGCCAUUAGUUUUUAAAACUUCUCUCCCACAUUUGCUUUUAAAAAAGCAUAGCUUUCUGAAAAAUACCAUCAAGAGUAGUAGAUUAUUUUGCAUGUGUUGAUUUUUCUUUCUGUGUCAGAGAAGACAAAAUACACACAAAUACACUCUCAGACACAUAUUUUACAUGUUUUUUGAAAAAGGGACUGUGUCUUGCCAGAUUUGGUGGAUGGAUACUUGUACAAUCGAAACCUUUAUCCUUGACCUUUGUGCUUAGUAAAUCAGUGUCAUGCUGUGGCUCUCGCUGCAAAAAGAGCAAGAGAAUGGUGGAAGGGAAGAGAGCAAAGAGGAUAUAAACAAGGGAUGGGAAAAGGAUGAAAUGACAACUGUGUCCACCACCACCUUGUCUGACUUGGGGAGGGGGUGGGCGUUGAUGUGAUUUUGUCUUUUGACCUCCCUGCCACUGAGAAACAGGGUAUUAGCUAUAAAAACAACAAAAAAAACACUUCCUUCUUUCCUCCUUCCUUCUUCCCUUCCUCGAUACAUAUGACACAUCACUAGAGUGUUGGAUAGAACUUCACCUUAUUUCUUUUAGUUUUUGUAAAAUUGAACUUUGGUUGGUUGGUUGGUACAGCAGUAGCAGAGCUAUACGGUAUCUAACCACCACAGUCUAACUGAGGAUUGGGUUAACAAUUAUUGAUCAUCAAUAAGUGUUGAUCCACCGUCAACCAGGGCUCUUGAGGAUCUGAAGACUACUUGAGAUGGAUCCCUUGUUUACCUUCAUAGUGUUGUUUGGGUUGGGAUGUGGGAUGGGGCGGGCGGGGCAAGACGGAGAGGGGUGGAGCCGAGGAGGCUCCAUUGUUAUGUGCUCAUCAAUCAUGUAUCCAUCAUAGUGUGGAGUAAGUUGUGUGUGUGCAUGGCAGAACUCGGGUAAGCUUGAACAUUUUGUUCCUAAACUGAUUGUUUAUGCAUUUGUUUGUUUGUUCUUUUUGAUAACACUUAGCAGAAAAAGACUUGCACAUGCACAUUCUUCCAUGUACACGCGUGCCCACGAAAACGCUUUCUUUUCUUUUUUUGUAGCAUUACACUGUACAAAUGUACAGUCAGAAGAAAAACCAUGUAACCAUGUUUAACUGACUGAUUGAUUUGCUUGAUUGAUUGGAUUCACAAAGCCAAAUUGUAUCAAAUAAAAUACCUCAGGAUGAUUCUGUGCGUUUUGGGGGAGCUUCAACCGUAGCAACAGAACAGGACGCGGCGUAGAUUUUUUUUGUAGAAAAAAAAAUACGAAAAAAAAGAAAAAAAAAGAAAAGAAAAACAACAACGUGAUUUCUAAGCGGCCACAAAAGCAGAAUCAAACUUUUCUCCUUUUCGAUGUUUACCAGUCCUAGGUCUUCCAGCUCAGCUCUUUGCCCGAGCUCAUGCAACCCAAGUAAAGAGAGAAGAAGAGGAGGAGAAGGAGGGAUGGCGGUAGGGGGCUUAGAUCACUUUGCUCAGUCAAGGGGAGUGUGUUGCUCCUGAGCACCCUUAACAGAAUGGAGGACGUUACUUGAACGUCCGAAUUCUGAAAAGCUACCCUUCUACGGAAUACUCAAACAGGAAUCUCUCUUUUCUCUACAUGGUUUUUAACGGCAGUCGACUGCAUAAGCCACUGUGUUUCAAUUGAAGCUCCAUCUUUCACAACCACGGUCAUAUUGCCCUUUUGUACUCUUGGAAUACUGCAGUGAACCUCUCCUUGCUUCCCAAUCAGCUUACCUAAUGUUGACUUGACGAGCAACAUUUGUCUUUUUUUGCAUCUUAUCUGCAUAUUUAUUAUUAUUAUCAUAUUUAUCUCCACAUGCUGCUUGCGUGAGCUGACAAGUGAACAAUAUGCACAUGUAAAAAAAAAAUAUCAAACGGCACCCU